GUCACAAAUUAGAAAACCCCACAAAUCAAAAACAAGAAAAGGAAAAAACAGAGGCCGCUCCAAAAGAUACAAACCUCAGGUCCUAAGUGAUUUAUCCAUCAUUUUGUGGCUUCUUCAGCAUCGAUUCAUCAUCAACUCAAAACCAGACACGCAGACUCUCUCUCUCUCUCUCUCUCUCUCUCUCUCUCUCUCUCUAUACGAAAGAAGGGCAUGUCCCGUAAAGGAGGAGGAGGUGGUUCUUCACUGCCAAAGGACGUGCCUUGGAGGGCCUCAAACACCAAACCCAUCCCCAAAAUUCACCAUUCCCCUGUUCUCCGAAUAACCCAGAACCCUACUUCCAAUUAUGCCAUCGCUGUCAUGAAGCACCCGAACCCGGUAGGAAGUGGGUUAGGAAUGGAAGCCAUAGUGGAAGCAGCAGGCCCUGAGUGCAUUAUCCCGGGACAAGUUACGCCUAUCAAGUUACUUGGUGUCAAGGUAUGGCCUAUUGAAGUUAACUUGAAGUUUUUGGAACCAGUUGGACGAGAGCUCAAGCAGCUUGGAAAGUUCAUGGAUGAUGCUGUCAAUCUCAUGAAUAAAUCAUUCAUAGAUCGCUAGUGCAUGCAUUCCUGUUAUCAAGAGGACAAGUACUUGCAGUCAGCAGAAGCCGGUUCAGGAAGAAUGACAUACUAAGAUCUCCUCUUGUGUUGUCUUCUUGCUUGUUCUGCAGUUAAGGUGUACGUAGUUCCUAGUAUCCAUAGAUCAGAUGCGGGAGGUUUCUUGUUUUGGAUUGUGGCAUGAGGAGUUCCCUUUUUUCAAUGUUGUCUUGGCCCCUGAACUCUACUGCUUUUAGUUCAAUAUGUUACAUUAAUACUUUAAAUUUAAAUUAUAUGAGGUUUUGAGUAA